AUGGUUAAUUAGAGAGUUGCGAAUGUAUCAUUUAAAGUAAUUAAGAGAUUGAUUAAUAAAAUUAGUAAAUUGAACAAGGGAAUGAUUAAUAUAUUGAGUAAGUUGAAUCAACUUUAUAAGAAACUUUAGCUUUCUUUUAAUUAAAAUAAUAAAGUACAGAUGAAAUAUCUCAGAAUUUAGAUCCUUUAUACUUAAAUAUAAUAAAUAAUCUAUGUGAACAAGUGACAAUAAAAAAGUCAAUAUUUGAUGUAUUUGAUUUUAACAAUGAUUAUAAAAUUAGAGAAUGCUUAGUUUAUAAUUUAAUAAAGCUAUAAUAAGGAAUUAAAGAAGACAAAAUAGUAGGGUUUUCGUCAAAGCUGAUUCAAUACCUUUGGAUUUUUGAAAAAGAUUAAAGAGUCAGAAAUCUUUUGAAAAAUAAAGAACUAAUUGAAAUGUAAAAACUUUUUUUUUCUAAAGAUAUCAAGUCAACAUCAGAAUAAAUAAAAUAAGAAAUGAAAUUAAGAAUCAAUAGCAUAGAAAGCAUUUCAUAAGAAUUAAGACUUGAAGGGAAUUCUCAAAUAAAAGAGCAUCUUAAAUAAUAACUCAAGCUAGCUUAUGAAGAACUUGAAUAAUAUAAUGAUAAUAUUACUGAGAUGUCAGAAAAAAUGGAUAUAAGUUUAAUAUUUUUGAAGGAUAUAUCAAAAGAUGUGAAGUAAAUAAAAAGUUAGAUUGAUAAUUUAUAAGAGAGUUUAAACUAAGUCGGUGAGGAUGUUCGUAAAUUAAGAGGAAAACGAUAUGAUGAAUUAUUAGAAAUAAGAAAAUAAAAGAUAUUAUUAUAAUCUAAGUUAGCAGAAGUAGAUUCAGUAUAUGUUUAAUUAAAAACUAUUGAAUAUGAUCCUGUUACUGGAGCAAGUAUUAAAUCCAAAGAUGAAGUAGCAAUAACCAAUUUAAUGUGUGAAUAAUGGAAUGAUUUUACUGGAGAAGUUAAUGAAUUUAUUUGGGAUGAGUCUAAAUAAAAUGAUGUCAUGUUACUUUCAGGAAAUGCUGGUUCUGGUAAAAGUAAAGCAGCAAAAAAAAUAGAAGAAUUUCUAUGGAAAUAGAAAGAAAUUAAUUCUAAAUGGAUUCCUAUCUUUGUAUCACUCCCAACUUUAAAAAAUCCUAAAUAUAAUUUAUUUGAAUAAGCUUUAGAAUCUGAUAACUAUUAAUUUGAUAAAUAUUAGCUUAGAGAAUUUAAAGAUGCUAUCUAAAAUAAAAAAGAAUAUAUCAUUUUAAUACUUGAUAGUUAUGAUGAAAUGAAAUAAGAUUGUAUCUAAUAAAAUCUAAUUAUAACGAAUAAGUUAAUUAAUGAUUUGAAUAUUGAUGAAAAAUAAAAAUAAGUCAAGAUAAUCAUCACAACCAGAAAAGAAAUAUUAAACACAUUGGGUUAUUAAACUUGGUUUUAUGGGAAUAGCAUAAGGAGUUUAAAAGAAGUUUAGAUCUAGGAUUUUGAUAAAG